CUUCAUUUUUAACCACCACAGCGCGAGUGGACCGUCAUCUUUAGAGUACUGUAAGUUACAACAAAGACCUUUGGAUAAAACCGUUUCAGGAACAGUUUGCCUGUGGUGGAGCUAGCCGUGGUCUGUUUAGCUAGCAUAGCUGUCAACUUUGACCGUCGCUACUCAGUGAGUGCGUGAGUGUUCAACUUUAUCCUAUAAACCUGGUAGCCAGGUAUCCGCAGGUAAAGCUGAGUACAAGUGCGUACUUUAAACUCUCCAAAGGUAAGAUCUCAGCUCUGCUAGCUACCGAAGAGGUGGCGACAGAGUAGCUGGAGUGCCUUGUGUCUUUCGAGGUCAUCCUGUCCGGUUAAGACAUCCAGCUGUUACCAGGAAGCUGAGUCAGGCAUGAAGAGCCUUCCGUACUUCAGUCGGGGAGAGGUCAUCCGAGGCUUCGGGAGAGGGAGCAAAGAGCUGGGAAUCCCCACAGCCAACUUUCCAGACUCAGUGGUGGACAACCUCCCAGCAGAUAUCAACACAGGGAUCUACUAUGGCUGGGCCUGCGUGGGUAACGGUGACGUCUACAAGAUGGUGAUGAGCAUUGGCUGGAACCCUUAUUACAAAAAUACCAAGAAGUCUAUGGAAACUCAUGUGAUCCACACGUUCAAAGAAGACUUUUAUGGGGAAAUUCUAAGUGUUGUUAUGGUGGGCUACAUCCGUCCAGAGAGAAGCUACGACUCACUUGAAGCCCUCAUUGCGGCCAUCAACAAUGACAUAGAGGAGGCCAAGCUCAAACUGGAGCUCCCAGAGCAUCUCAAAUUGAAAAACGACAACUUCUUCACCAGCACCCCUGUCUUGUCUUCAGCCCCGUCCACCACUACUGCAUCCACAUCACAGACUAUUAUGAAUGGCCACUGACAGCUGGCUGCGACUGCAGCACACACACAUACACACACAUAUGCACACAUACAUACACACAUCAGAACAACAGAGAUGUCCAUGUAUGCACAACCUCAUUCUGAGAUCUCUUAGCUGUCGCCAUGGCUAUUCAAAGGCAUAAUCAUAAACCACCAAUCUUUUUUUUUGUAUGUAUUCCUUUGCUUUGUCUUUGUGUCUUUGAUCACUUUUUAAAGUUUAAACUGUUAAACUUCCCAAUUGGGUUUGUUACAGAUUACGUUCAUUUGUGUAUAAAUUCACACCAGAUUGCCUCAUAUCAUAGCAUAGCUGUACAAGACACAAAAUACAAACAGUGUUGUAAUAAUCUGUGUUUAAAGCUUCGUAAAUAUACCAUAAACUCAAUUGUGUGAACACCAUCCAGCCAAGGUCAUACACCUUAUUUAUGUAGUCCUUUUCUGUUAAGAUUUGUUUUGGCGUCAGAUUGGUGGAGAGUCUGGGCAUUAUUAUCUGUAACAAACACAGUACAGCACAGUGACUUUAUGCAACAGGGUGGCAAAUACAAUGUAUGUGUCUGAAGAAAAGGAGAUUAAAUUGUGAAAUAAUGUAAAUUUAAAGUUUACAUUUUCCUCUUGCGAAAAUGUCUUUCCCUUUCAGUGUGACACAAGCCCUAUAACUGUAUAAUUGAUUAUUUUAUAUCAUUUCAACAUAUUCACCCUUUGGAACUAAUUAGUACUGUACUUAUUCUUUCUUUCCACCUUUGUUUUUUUGCAUGUUUAAGGAUUUGUAGAUGAAUGCUAGAAGAUCUGUUUUUAUCUUUGCAGCUCGCCUGGUGCUCAGACCUGCAGUCUGUCUGUCUGUCUGUCUCUGGGUUUGUUACAGAUAGUAAAACAUCGAUAGGUCAGAGGAGAGGAAGAAGAAUCAAGUCCAUAGCUCCAAGAGGGCAACAGUCAUGUGAAUGGACACAAAUUCACACCAUUAAAAAAUUAAGGAGGAUUAGUCUGAAAAUGUUGAAAGAAGAUUAAUCUUUCAAGUUUUUAAAGAAUAUUUUUUAAAUAUUGUGGAGGAAAUCUGUACAAUAAGAGGAAUAGCUCUUUACUCAUUGGGCCUGUGUGUGUGUGUGUGUGCGCGUGCCUGCACUGAUGUACAAUUCAUUGAACCCCUGUAAAAUAAUAGUUUCAAAUGAACGAAAUCGGAGUCUAACUAUGUGAUUUUGGGUUUAAAAUCUGUAUUGUUUGUAGAUUAUUAAAGUGUUUAUUUAGGGAGCAAAAGAAAUGACUGCAUUUUAUGAAUGUUGACAUUAAUCAUGCAACAGUAGCUAUGAUUCUUUCACAUGAAGAGCUUAGCUGUUUUUGUAAGCACCUUUCUGUUUUCAGUCUAAUGGCUUUUUAUAUUUCAUUUUAAUCAGUUUAGUUUCCUUACUAGCAGGUGAAUAGUGUUAAAGUUUGUAAAAUUGAUUGUUCAGGUCAACUAAAAAAUGAAAAAGCCUAUACUGGAAGCAGUACUUCACUGUAAUUCUGUAAUCAAUUCUACUACUAUACAAAGCUUUUAUAGGUUAGAUGCUACAUAAGACAAUAUAUUUAUCUUCUAAAGCACUUCAGGUACUGAAAAAACUUCACUAACUUUAGUGAUGUGCUGCUUCUUCAAACCUGUCAAUUCUUCAGAUUGAUUCAGAUUUUAAGAUGAAUUCUUAACACAUCUGACUGUCAGAUGUCUUACAGACUCGUUUGUUUGCAAUUAUUUAUUCUAGUUAACACAGGGACCAGGGUUAAUGUAUGUAUACAGUAGCUCAAGGUUGAUUGCGCAUUUUAUGUUUUUAUUCACAUGUUUUAUAUUAUUUACUCAAAUAAAUCAA